AUGCGCCGUGGGGUGGUUUGGCGAGCAGGGGGCCCCGCCCUGGAGCUGAUCGCCUACGACGGGAAGUCCCGCGAGGAGCAGCGCGAGCUCCUGCGCGCCCUAAUCCACGACCACGCCGCGCAGACGCGCCGCAACGCCGCGGAGUCGUGCACGACGCGGCGGACCUACCCUACGGACCAGGGCUUCUACUUCCCCGCCUACCGCACCCUUUCCCUCCCCCCUACAAACGGCGAACACGGCGAAGAGCCCCGCGCGGGGAUGUCGGACCGGGGGUUUUUGGAUUCCCUCCGAAAAGGGGUGCUUUCGCCCUGGAUCGACGCCCCCGCGCGGCGGGUCGUCGUCUUCGGCGGGAAAAGCCCGGCCUACCUCGACCGCCAGCUCGCCGCGGACGACGCGCACGUCUUUCUCGUUGUGGAUCGCUCGCUACGAUGGCUGGCGAACGCCGCGGCGCGGCUGCUUCCGCGCUUUCCCGAGCGCGUUUUUUUCCUCCGCGCGGAGGCGCUUUUUGCCGGCCUUCGUUUACUCCCCCGGGAGUGCGGGGAUGUCGUCGUGGUGCCGAUGCCCACGCCGUUUUGGGGCGAAAAGAACAGCCAUCAGCGCCUCCUCACCAGCGACUUUCUUUGCGCGGCGCAUCGAAUUCUGCGCGAGCGCGAGGCCCCGGCAGACCCGCGGGGGGUUAUUGCGUUCACCGAUUGCGAGCCCUACGCGGAUUUUAUGAUGGAGCAGCUGGAGGAAGCGAAGUUGUUGGUGCCCUGGGCCCGGAAGGACCCGGCCCAGACCUACGCGCGGUGGCUCCCACACCACGAGAACCACCCCGCGAGGGAAUUCCCCCAACAGCGCUUUAAAGAGAUCAUCGCAAUCGCGGCCUCGAAGAGCGGGAAGCCGAGCUCGCAGGUGAUGGAGCUCAUCGAAGGCUACGACUUCCGGCGGAAGUACUAUCGCUCAUUUAGCGGUGAAUCGGAGGAGUAA